AUGGCGAACAUUGCUGUUGAUGUUUCCGAUAAACUUCUCUCUGCCAUUGGUACGACAGCGAAAAAAGUGAAAACCACGGCUUUGACAGUAAAAGCAAAUAAACUACAAUCGAAACGAUUGGCUGAACGCGUGGACACCGUUGCAGGAUUUCUUACUGGGCAGGCAGCUGUCAAAAUGGCGAACUCGCCAAUGCGACCACAACUUGAAAGCUUUCACAGCUUUUUGCAAGGUUGUGAUACUUUUAUUGGCAAAUUUGGCGGUAAAAAAUGGUUCUCACGCAUAUAUGCGAAUAAAAAUCAUGCUGACAAAUUUCAUCAGCUAAAUAUCGAUCUUGAUCGGUAUGUUAACGAUUUUUCUCUUGGCUUGCAAAUCAAUAUAUUCAAUACACUUACGCCGGAAGACAAGAGAGAUGCUCAAUUAGAUCAAGUAGAAAUCAAUCAAAUCAUAAGUGCACGUUCAACGCAAGUGCCCGCCCCGGUAUUACCACUAGCACCAGUUACAGGAUCGCCUGCAGUACCAACGCCAGUGCGAGCAACAGUGCCAGUGCCAGUGCCAGUGCGGACGUUAGGAGUACCUGUCCAACUAGCACCGUCAGUACAACCAAAUGCUAAUUUAACUGGUGCUGCUAGACUUCCUAUUCCAGUUAGACCUAAUAAUACACCUGCAAGCAAGCUGAAAAGUGGAACACAAGACAGAAACUAUUAUCGACAACUUGGUUUUUUCCAACCAAAUAAUUUUAUGCAUAAUAAUUACUUUCGUCAGCAUCUACAACAUAAGAUACAAUUCAAUACUUCCGUCUCAUCAGUUUGGUUAUCACAUGCAGAUGCCACAAAAUCCACAUAUUAUAAAUCCGCUUCAUCGAUAACCGGUUAUUCUUUGCGAUUUUUGAUAAAUCUAAAUUUCGAAGCAGACAUUGUUAAUUGCUGA